AUGCCUCACCCUUCGCAGCUCAUCUUCCCCCCGCCCCCCGGCACCGAUCCUGCUCUUCUCUACUUUGGUGGUUGGCCCGAGAUCACCUACCGCACCACCCUUGAGCCCGACGACCUCACCUCCGACUCAGACGACGAGCUUGAGCCCCUUCUUGGUCUCAGUGGCAGCGAGAUCAUGGCUUACGGCGAUCAGCAGGGCGGCGCCGCCAGUGGUGGUGGUACUACCGCCGGUCAGGGCAGCCUCCAGAACCGCAUGUGCCCCAACAUGCGUACUUGCUGGGCAUUCUCCUGGGAGUCGUACAAUUUGAAGACCUCCGACAAGGCUGUGCUCCUUCGUCGGAUUUGCAUGAUCAUCAUUCUCGGUAUCCGGACCGCCAUCACCAUCAUCGGCAUCGUCUACGACGUUAUCAACGCUCAGAUCGUCAGUCUGAUUUUCGACAUUAUUCUCGGAAUCUUGGGAUUCUUGUUCAUCGCUUGGGCCCUUGCCGUCAUCGGUCAGGCCGAGGGUCGCCGCAAGGUUUUGGGCGUCAUGGUUGGUCGCUGGCACUUCGAUAUCUUCCUGCUCGUCACCGCCUUCAUUCACGCCGCCAUCCUCGUCGGCAGCAUUAUCGGCUUUGGCAACGGCGGCCGUUACGCUACCUGGCUCAUCAUGUGGCUUCUCAUCUUCGGCGUCGCGUGGGUCGCUACCUGGCCCGCUGAGGCCGAGAGCUACGCCUAG